AUGUCUUCCAAUACCAGCAAGGACAUCGCUCAGCUCCGCACUCAGUUCGAGGACCUGAUCAUCAACAAUUUGGUUGAGACUCCCGAGAUCUUGAUCGACUCCCCUGAAUCUACCUCACAGAGGGAAGCUACAUCAUCCCCAGUGUCUGACCCAUCUCACUACGAUGAGAACGGUCAGUCUAUCCCUUCCCCUCCCAUGAGCGCUGACUCACCUAUGAACAGCAAGAACCCACACCCAAGCCUCUCAAUCUUGACGUCCUUCCUCCAGGAAGCCAUCACGGAUUGCCUCAAGCCCGGAAGCUGUUUCAAACGCUCCAUUAUGCGUCGCGAUACAUUCUUCACGUACGAGAUGGACCGGUCUUUCGAGGGCGUUAUUCAGCACAGGUUUGAUUCAUGGCGCUGGAUACCAGACGUGUCCGAUGACUUUUUGCAUGAGUACGCUGACAAUUGGAUCUAUGCUGGCGAUGUCGAAAUCAUCAGCAUCAAGAACGAUGUGAUUCAAUCAAGAAUCGAACGCAAGGAGCGAGUCUUUGAACAUCCUGACAAUGUUGGUCGCGUUUGUCCUAUCGGGUCGAACAUCAAGCUGGAUCUCAGCGAGCCUGAGAAUGCAGGAUGGCGAGUCCUUGUCUGGCGUAUCCAUGGGGCUGGUGAAACCCCCUACAUGGAUCGUCACGGACGUGUCGUUGCUGACCCGAGAGUACAUCUCCAUCAGCGUGUCGGCGCCUUGAGGGAUGGAGCUAUGUAG